AUGAUGAAAGAAAGGCAUUUUCGACUUUGGAAGAAGUUUGCAUGUGUGUCCAUAGUAGGGCCUGUUGCACAUGUCGCCAGCACAAAAAACACUUGUGUUUUGCCUUCUAGAAUGCUUUCAACAUUGCUUGUUCCAACGACAGGGAAGUGUUGCGGACGUCUUCAAGCUCGUGCUCCAUUGACUUACACAGAAAGAGUGAAAUUUCGUUCAAGAUUGUGGCAAUCAAAUAUAACUUGUUCAAACGCUGCUCGGUUGUUGUUUACGACCAGCUCAAGUGAUGCUGUUUCACAAUCACCCACCAAUCCUGGACGAGAUGCAACCGCUGCAAAUAAAAGAAAUGUAGGCCUUAAGAAUAACACAGCAAAUAAACAAGUCUCUUCUACAAGACGUCCUUCUACUCAAAAGGUACAUUUUUUUUUCUAUUGGACUAGAUGCAACUUACAUAACUAUGGUUAUGUAAUCAGAACGUCUCAUUGUCCACAAACUGACAAUGCUCUUUUCACAAGAAAUGCUUAUUUCGGUCAGACUGCUUGCAAAAUACGUUAUCAUAAUUUAUGCAUUAGGCUCGGCACAUGAAAAGUUCGGCAUCAGAAUCAGAGCUGUUUCAAAGCUGCUUGCAGCCGAAAUUUCUUCAGAACAGCUGAGCUUAUCCAAAUUCUAAUAGAUACUCUUAGGGGGUGUUUACAUGACACCGGGGCGACUUUCGCUCCGGAGUGAGUUCACUCCGGUUCUUUCUCAUGGCUCUACAUUUGUUACAUGAUACCACCACAAAAUGUCAUGCUGCAAGUCACCCCGGUGUGAGUUCACCCUGGUUAUUGUACCAGGGCAAGAGUUUCACUCUGGUACGAAAUCUCGCAACGGUAUCAUGUAAACAUGAAACGACUACAAGUUUCAGUGUGAAAUCAGUCUGCUGGUAGACUGGAAUGGGUAGUGCAUGCGCAUAUUUACAAUUUUGAAUCAUACGUGUAUUUUAUAAACAUGUAGUGUACCUUCAAAUAACACGAUAUGAAAUGACCCAGUCAUAAUGUUAACAUGAUACGAAGUAAAAAAGUCAUCCCAGUAUGAAACUCGCACCGGUACGAGUUUUCUCAUGUAAACACCCCCUUAAUUAUUGGUUCACAUGCGGAGCUUGCUUAUGAAAAGUUCAGCGUCCUGAACCAGGCAUCAGACACUUCAACAGGCCAGUGAAACAUAGAGCUUUUCCUUCCCCACCCCCUUCAAUUAAUGUUGCUGUGCUGUUCAAGCUAAUAGUGCAAAAAACAAACAACUCAACUUUUAAUGAAAGGGUGGAGGUGGAGUCCAGACUUUUUUGUUCUCCAUGAAAUACACCAUUUGACAACGGUGUCCCAAUAAUUUUGUUGUCAAUUGAAGCUUGAAUCACUCCACCAAAACUCUCAAAAUGCAACCUAUUCCAUCACAAUUCAAUCAGGAUGAGUCCUCGAUAAAAAGUCCUUUGGGGUUUUCUUUCAAGACACCUGUUCACUUUGGAAGGGACUAACUAUCAUUUGCAUGUGCACAGUGUUUGUUUUAUUUUAGUAGGAGGGACAGUUUCUUUUCACCUGUGUCACUUCAUGACUGAAAAAACAUCUUUCUCCAUAAGGUUUUACAUUGUAGUUUUAUCAAUAUUUUCAACUCAUUGCUGCCUGCUAUUGAAGCAAAUAAAAUUGUUUAAUAUGGUUAUCAACAGCAUUUCUCAUCUGAAUAUGAAAAUUAGUAGGCAGGGGUUUCAAUAAAAAUUGAAGUAGCCAGCAGAUUUCAAUAGAGUAACCGACAGUAUCAACAGUCCACGUUUUUUCAGAGGAAAAAGUAGCAGACUUCUCUGAGCAAUGUAGCAGACGCAUUUCGUCGGUUGUCGGUGCUUAUUGAAACCCCUGAGCAGGUGAAAGCUCAGUAUUUAUGCUGCCCAUGUAUUUUUCUUUUCGUUUAGCUGAGUGGGAGAUCAAAGGAGUCACCAGUUCCUUCCUCCAGAGUUGGUAGACUUUUGAAUUACAGUGGUAUGAUCAUUUAUUUUUGUUUGUUUUCUUUCUCUCAAGAACUGAAGCAAAUUAAAAUUGUGAAAACUGAAUUAAGUACUAGUAUUGAUCAUCAUCAUACUUGUAUAUUGGUAUCAUCAUCAUCAUCAUCAUUAUCACUACAAAAAUCGAUGAAUGUAGCUCUUAUAAUACUACACAGUAACAUUUAACCUUCAAUGCAGAGCCAUAAUCUGAGUUAUUUUUUUCUCACCAAAAUUAAGUUGCCUCAGGACUGUACAAUUUCUGUUUGUAUUUAUAAGAUUUCUUGCAAAGUUGUUCUCCUUAAACAAAUCACUGCUUCCUCUAUGGCUACCCAAUUUCAGUCCUGUGAAUGGUUGAGGGUAGGAUUUGAUGGUCCUCACUUCUGUCUGAGACUAUUAUUUGUUACAAAGUGUCCUAGACAGUCUUAUAGGGACUUAAUGACUAGACACAGAUGCUCCAAAAAUUCUUUAAUCAAUGAAGUAAAAUCAGCUUUUUUCUCUGAAUCGUUGGCAAGUGUCCUAGCCCCCUUUUACUAACUUUUCUAUAUCCACCCUUACUUUUUUUCUCGCAGGCCUGGUUGCUGGGCUGGGACUUGGUGCUCUUGCCGAGGUCACAAAGCGACAACUUGGUCUUAGUAAGACAGGUAAUUUUGUCUUCUUCUAUCAUGAACAUUUUUGCAAAUUUGAAUAUUUAUUUAUUGUGUCAUGUUAUCUCUUUCAAGUAAGAGUGGUAGCUUUAUACUUUUGUCAGAGUGGUGCUGUAUAUUAUCAAUUGUACCCUUCUCAUUGAUGAUUUUUCUUAUGUAGGUGCUAGUGUAGCAGACCUGACUGGGAGUCCAUUUUUGUCUGAAGCAAAUGCUGAGAGAAUAGUAACCACGCUAUGUAAAAUGAGAGGAGCAGCACUAAAGUUAGGACAAAUGUUAAGCAUUCAAGGUGAUGUAACAUGCGUAGCAGGCGUCCAAAGGGGUAGGGGAUAGGGAGGAACAAAAACAAGGGUGGGGGAUUGGGUAGAGAGGGUAAGGGAUGCCUGCUAUAAGAACCCCCUAUAAUUUGUUCAUUUCUGCGGAUGCUAGCGUUGGCAAAUACCUGAUUGGCUGAGCUGUAAUGAGUGAUUUAUUGGGGUGUAUUAGUGAGAGACAACCAUGAUCAUGAUCCAGGCAUCAAGGAAAUGACUAAUGUUUUCUACUGGCGUAAGCUCUAGAAGAUCAAAAUUACUCCAAUCAAGUUGCAACUUCGCGUUGAAACCCGAACUAGAACCAACAGUACCGUAAUAGCUUGUUUAGCGGGCGGAGAUGCUCAGGAGGUUUUGUAUACUGGAUUUGUCCAAACACUGAGCGGCGAUUGUGAUUCUUGCCAGACAUCUGCAGUACCAAUAUUCACAAGAGCACUGGUUAUAAUAUUGUUACUCGAAGAAUUUUAGAAGCUGGACACGAGCCUUUUCUGCAAAAGCAUAAUAUACCGCUUGAGUGAACUUCUAAAUGGUUUGUAAAGAGAGAUGUGAAGCUUUUGAUAAAAACCAUCCAUUGAGCUUUUUGACAAUUCUCUAAAUUUCUCCUUUCAUUAUUAAUUAAAUUUUGCGUCUCAGGUAGGUGACUGUUCUGUUCUUUUUGACUAUUGUGUUUGAUGAGGUAAGAACAAAGGUCUUACAAGUGUAUUCACAUGACACUGAUCAUUGUUUCUUGUGUUUGCUGUGGGAGCAAGAACAGUAAAAAUGUUUUAUUUUGCUUGUUUGUCAUUGAUAUCAUUUGAAAAAAGCAUCUCGACUUGAAAAUUUCCGGUAAACAAAGUAAUAAUUACAUUUGGACUAUGCUAAGAAGCCCACUACCUGUAAUUGGUCACAUAUUGACAGUUGGCGUUAUCGGAUUAGUUGGGAAUUGGUAGUAGGUGGAAUACAAAAACACUGGCUCUUGUAGCAGGUGCUCCCUUCUCUUUUUCCUUUCACGCUUUUCUUCCUCCCCUCUCCCCCUCCCCAUUUGCAUCUGCCACGCAUGCUAAGGUGAUGUGAUGCUGGAUUCAUAGCUCCCAUAGUUAAUCUUCAGGUCACUUGAGCCAACACUCCCAAAAGUGAACAAGUCAAAGUUUUAAAUAAACAUUCCAAAUUUCAUUUUGUGAAAUGCUGAAAAUAAAUGAUACCCUAUAAAAGUAUGUACUGCUAAAGAGGUUCCAUUUGAAUGUUCUUUGCCGUGCAGGAAUUUGUUUGUCCACAGACUCGAUAGUAAAAACCUCCUGACAAGAGACUGAAAGGGUUGAAGAGACUCCUCUAUUAAAUGUUUUCAUUUUAGUAAAUAACUUUCCCUGUACAUUUUGCUGUUAUGAUGUAAAAUAUAGUGCAGUGAAAACUUUUAAUAGCAAGUGCCCAUAUCUCAAAAGUGCUGGUAAUUACUGAACCUGAAAGCUACUUUGUUUACACUUUUAAGAUCGAAGUUUCAAUGAUGUUUUCCAAAGUUUUACAGACUGUAAUAUGAUAAACCUGUUGGUUGACAAAACAAAAUAUUCUUUAGAUUUUAAUUUGAUUUGAAUGUUUGGUUUUGGGCCCAUAAAGUUACUGGGACUUUCAAGAAAUGGGCCCUUGGUCCUUCCUUUACUUGCUCAGGGCUUUCUUUUCUAUUGACAUUGGUGGUUGUUUUUUUGCAGAUAAUGCUUUCAUUUCACCAGAGUUACAAACAAUAUUUGAAAGAGUGCGUGACAGUGCAGACUUCAUGCCUCGCUGGCAAUUGGAGGUCUGCAGUUUACUUUGUUACUGGUUCUUUGCCUUUUAAAAGCUCCUUUGCUUAGCAACAUUGAUUUAUGAGUUUGAAAUGUAUUUCUCAUUUCAGAAAGUUCUAGUGACAGAACUGGGAGCUAAUUGGCGAGACAAACUUUUAGAGUUUGACAUGAAGCCAUUUGCUGCAGCAUCCAUUGGCCAAGUGCACAGGGGGGUACUCAAAGAUGGGCGCUCUGUUGCUAUAAAGAUUCAGGUAUGAAGGGCUCAAAUGAAAAGCACUGGAAAUGCCGCACUUUUUAUUUUUUCAUUUUUAACAAUUCAAUAUUGUAACUAAAUCGCAAGGCAUCUUGAUUACAAGUAGAGACCUAAUUUUGUCAGAUUUUCAUUUAAGGGUCCAGGGUUGUCAAAAGUAGCCGGCUGCCAGCGAAAAUCGCCACCUACUCAGUUAGUAUCGGCCAGCUGCUCUGCUUGGCAUUUCUUUAUGGAGGGCAUUUUUGAAUAAAAUAUCCGUGGAUUGGCCUCCAACUUUGACAACUCAGCCAUCUACUUCAAAACCUUUUGGCAACCCUGAGGGUCAGAUACUAUCACAAGUGUUUCACUGGUUAAUGAACACGUCUUGGCUGUAGGAUGAACAAGAAAUUAUAGUACUGCAUGAGAGCAAUGUUGAGUUAAAGAUAUUGACAAUCACUCUUCUCAUUUGGUAGCUUUAGGUCUUUGCUAGGACAGAAAGUCUCUGUUAAUGACGGGAAAAGUUGGAGUGAUCCUAUUACUUUAAUACUGGAGUGUUCUUCCUGGUCAUUAUUGCUUACUAAAUUUUGCUCAUGUUUGUUUUUUGUCUUUUUUACCUCAGUACCCAGGGGUUGGGGACAGUAUCGACAGUGACAUCAACAACUUGAUGACAGUGUUGAAAGUCAGUAAUCUCUUACCUGAAGGUAACUGCCAUCCAGUCCUAUACUUCAUGUGAUGUCCCUGUUUGUUUUUAACCAGGUUAAGCUUCAGCCACGAGGGCUCCCAACAACAACAACAACAACAACUGUAUUUUUUGUAUGCAGUUGGAUAGCUUGCUCUGCAAAUGGCUGGAAAGCUAGUCGUGGUGGGGCAAGACAACUACUCCUUUGCUCGUGUGCACCUUUUAUACCUUUUUCUUUAAUUUCACUAGGUUUAUAUGCAGAGAAUGCCAUGGAUGUUGCUAGACGGGAGAUGGCUUGGGAGGUAGACUAUCUUCGGGAGGCUAAGAAUGGACAGCACUUUAGGUAAUGGAGCAGUCGUAAUACUUUAACCCUCCCAGAAAUGGCGUAAAUCAAAAUUAGACAAAAAUUUAAAUAUUUCGUUUUUGUUAGAAAAAUCUGAAAAACAAAUAGUACCAUGUGAAAGUACAGGAGGUUUUUUUUGAAUGGUCACACUACAGGAUUUUGUCUUCUGAGUCAAAAAUUGGAACCACUCUACAGGAUUCCAUCCUUCAGUCAACUAAGGAAUGGUGACAACACUCAUGUUGCUAGAGAAAAUAAGGUUUCUCAGUGUUUUCCCUGUGAGACAUUGCAGAGUUUUCUUUAUUUGCUCUUACCUAGAGAACUGCUAAAAGACAUGCCGGAGUAUUAUGUACCUGAAGUUAUUGAAGACCUGACGUCAAAGCAAGUGCUAACUACAGAGCUGAUAGAGGGAACAUCACUUGAUAAGAUUGAAAAUCCAAACCAGGAGACCAUUAACAAGGUAUUGUUACUUAGAAUCUUCUAAGAAAUUUGACGCAAAACUUGCCCUGUGUAAGGUAAUCACAGGGGUCUCAAUAGGAUUUGAAGAAGGCAUCUGCCCAGCCUUAUUAAAGUAGGCGGCAGUGACAAACGGAGAGGUUGUAAACUAGGGAGGGAAAAGCAGCAAAUAGAAUGCAAAGUAAACGGCUACAAAUUUAGGCAGUGAUCAAUCACCAGGUGCCAGAUUCCAUUGAGAACUCUGGAAUGUCGGAAUCUGGGAAAUUUUUCCCUGUGGGAUCCAGAAUCCUGACUGUUGGAAUCCAGACUUCAGUAGGCUGUUCACAGUCACCUGUUAUGAAAUGAAGAUGACUGCCUGUACUGUUAGGCGCUCGAUCUUAAGAGAAAAAAAAGGGCAUUGCGAACCGUCAGGGACUUCACCUCCAGACUAGGAAGCCAUUAUCCUGCUAACCAUUGGAAUCUGGAAUACAAAACGAGGAGUCUGGACUCCAGUAUCUAAAAUCUGGAAUCCACAGCACAGAGUCCAGAAAUCUAGACUACGUGUAGCCGCACCCUCCCCGCGUCGAAGGAAAAACGGAGAGAAGGAGCAAUACUCCCUCUCUUCGUUUUUCCUUGGUCGGGGGGAGGGUGCGGCUACACGUUGGCAACCAGAAUUCAAGACUGUACUGGAUUACCUUAUGUACAGCGCUGUAAGGUAACAAAAGUACAGAAUUGAUUGCAUUUCAGGUUUUAUUUUGCACAAAGGGUAGUAGAUUAGAUAACUGAUAUAUAAGUGAAGUUACAAAUGAAACCGUUUUAUCUACCUUUAUAACUGUAAGUAAGCUGUACAAUAUGUAUUAUUUAAGUGAGUGGAAAUGUGCUUGACUUCUGCUUCUGUUGCUUUCCAGCUGUGCUUAAACAUCCUUAAACUCUGUUUGAAGGAGUUGUUUGAGUUCAGAUUCAUGCAAACAGAUCCCAACUGGUCAAACUUCUUCUACAAUCCUGUCACGGAAAAGGUUUGUCCCAGAAAUAUUGUUAGGAUAUUGUCUGAUUUGAAAGAUAAACCUAUGGCGGCCUUUUAAUAUAUUCUUAUAUAUGUCCGAUAAUUUUCCUUUCUGACCUCGUUAGCAUGUGCAAAGUACUAACGAGGUCAGAAAGGCUAAUUAUCAUACAUAUAAAAGAAUAUAUUAAUCAGCCGCCGUUAUGAAAAAGGUCUAUCAUGUUUUUAACAGUCCUCCCAAUGGGAACGCGCUUCCUAGAUAUUUCUUUCUUCGCCCUAAAAAAACAGCACCUGCUUCGCAGACUGCAUAAACUUGAAGAUUAGCAGGACGACAGUUCACUUCAGGUUUAACCGAAUGCAAACAGCAAUCCGUUGCAAUCUCGUAGAGUUGUUCCCGUAAUUUAGCCUGCGUACAACUGUAGCAAGCGUUUCUGAUCAAGUUAUCAAGGAGUUUAAACGUUUUUGAGUGAUGCAUGUCAAACGGAAGUGUACUGUUUUGUAUUCAUGAGCAGUGUUUUUUUUUCUAAAAUUUCGGGCAAAUCGCCUCUGUAAGAGUAAAAAGCUUGGCAAUAUAAAUUUGGUAGCGUCGAGGCAUAUUAAGAGCGAAAUUGCCUCACUUCCGGUUGUGCGUUCCUCAAAAACGCCUUUACUUAAGCUCACUAUUGCGCGAAAGUUGAAAGGAGAGCAAAAAAAAAAAAAUGAAAGAAGUGGGAGGCGGGAGGAAAGAAGAUCUCUUUCUCUUCUCCCCCUCCCCUUUCAUUCCUCUUUUUUUCUCUUGUCCCAACUUUUUAUGACGAACUCCCGCGGAAACGCUUGCUGGGCAGGCUACCCAUACCCUAACCCUUGAUUGUAAACGCGGGUUUCCUCCCAUGGUUAUGUUGUGUCUUAAUUUUUAGAUCUGUUUGCUUGACUUUGGAGCGUCCCGUGCGUACGACAAGAAAUUUGUAGAUCGGUAUAUUAAGGUCAGUUGGACUUAAAUCUUGUCCUUAUCCUUUUCAUGGUCCCGAUUUUCAAGAUUAAAAUCCUGGGCCGGGUUGUUCAAAGCUGGGUUAAGAUAACCCCUUGAUAGUGCGAGAUUUGAAUUCAGAUAUGAAAGCUUAAAAAGCAUUUCAGUAAAUUCUUUUUUACUACAAUUUUAGUUAUUGGAGGCUCUAAAAAGAAUGGAGAAAGUUAUCCAUGAAAAUGCUUUUGAACUAAAGAAAAAGAAACCCGAAUUAAAACUUAACCUCGGUUAGCGCUAAUUACCCUGGUCUUUUGAACUAAAGAAAAAAAGAGGCGACAACGAAUCUAAAAAAAUCUAAAAAACCCUGGGACCAGACGAUCGAACAACUGGGCCGCUGUUUGGAACCUUGAAUCUUUAGUACAAAGGAGGGCUUAGAAAGCCUCGUUCCCAAGCAUUUUCAAUUGCAUUUACUCAGCGCCUCAGCGAAUGUAAUGCCCUGGGAAGGAUUUUCCGUACCUGGCGGCGCUUCGCGUUUUAAUCUUCCCGUGAUGCUCCGUGAUCUCUGUUUGCCGCACUUUCGUGGGCUCUGGGUAUGAGGCAGCCUCAUUCAUACAGUGCUCUGUUUGUAAUAUAGAUUAUCCGAGGUGCUGCCACAGGGGACCGAGCCAUGGUGAUUGACAAUUCCAUAGGACUGGGAUUUCUCACUGGAUAUGAAUCCAAGGUGAGAAAGUGUACACUGAUUAGUAGAGGGUUUGUAGAACAGACACAACAUUCAAGAAUGUAGAGCUUGUACUUUAUUUCCUUAUGAAUUUUUCCCGUAACAUCAAGAGCCAUAAAUCGGAUGGUAACAUUCAAACCCUUGUAUAUCGCAAACAUGUUACUCUGAGCGCCAAACAUGGCAUACAGCUAGUCGAAAUACAAUAUUUGAUGACCAAUAUUAGAUGCAUGAAUUCAACGUUGUGAAAUUGAUUUCCUGGUUUUCCAAACAUCCAUUCUCCCCUAUGUGGUAGGUGAUGAUCAACGCACACGCAGACGCUGUAAUGAUUCUUGGAGAGCCUUUCGCCAAUGACCGGCCCUUCGAUUUCAACACCCAAGACACCACGCGGCGCAUACAAGAGCUCUUGCCAAUCAUGUUACGUCAUCGACUAUCCCCUCCCCCUGAGGAAACGUAUUCACUCCACCGAAAAAUGUCCGGGUCUUUUCUGUUGUGUGCCAAGCUCGGAGCAUCAAUUAACUGCAAGCCUCUUUUUGAUGAGAUGUGGCAGAGUUACAAGUUUGAUGAGUAACCAGUAAAGGGCGUAAGAGCGCUUAUAGAACAUCCUGGAAUUCAGUUUAAUGAUGAAUCAACCGUCGAACAGCACUUUCACGAAUACUCCGAUCCCCACUUUGCCCCGUCUUCAUCCUGGUUACAUCGGUGACUCAUGGAUCUCUGAAAGUUGUUUUACGCUAUGGUUACUGACGGUUAUUUAACUAAGCUCCAUUCCAGAAUAUGAUGGCUCGCAAUUUGCGGUCAAUUUUCAGUCUCAUUCUAAUUGCGGGCAGUACAAACAGACAAUUGCUUAUCCAAUCUUGUCCCUCGGGUUCUCUCAUUUUCCUCCCUCUCUCUUCGCCUCUCUGUCGAGAGGACCCUGGGAACGAGGUUGUUGGUUAUCAAUGAAAUAUAAGAUAUAAUUGGACAAUCCCUAUUAAAUCGUAAAGGCUAUGGAACAGAAGUGACCUUAAGUUACACCGUACGUGUACGGGUACGGGUAGGCGAACAUGUCUGCCGUUAUCUCGCAGAUGAGAUAAUGGCUUUACCGUUCUACCCGGUAGCUUACCCGUUUCUCCGGGAUAAGAGGCAAUCUACCCGUAUUUACGGCUACGCCUACAGGUAUUUUACCCGUACGCGGAAACGCCAUAUCUUAAGGUCUCUAGUAACACGUAAUCAACGGCCUGCAGAGAUCGGUUUACCGGUAACCGUCGGUUUUAUUUACGGGAGAGGAGAAAUAGUCUCUGAUUUCACUGCUGGUCGGCGUUGUAUCUUAAUCGUACUUAUAUACUGUAUUACGCUUUGUAACGUGACUGUAACCAGAAACUCAUGCUGUAACUCAUGGAUUCGUAAAGGAAAUCCUAAUUCUCAUUUCCAAAACUGUGCAUCAGGUUGUCUUCCCAGGUAACGGAAUCCGAAAUAGUCUUGGAUUCUGGAUUCCUUGCCGUGGAUUCCUGAUUCCAGGUAUGGAUUCCAGUCUUUGUGAGUGGAACUUGGAUUCUGCAUUCCAAUCGUUAGUGGGGAUGCCGGAUUUCUUGUGUUAUAUUCCGGAUUCCAAAGCCCAAGAUUCCAUUUUCCACAAACAAAACUUUCCCAGAUUUCGGAUUCCACAAGCAUAAAUUUUUCGGAUUCCAGAAUCCCAUACAUGGAGCGUCACUCCAUGUCACUCUUGGGACCUAAAUUGUGCGUGGGCCAAGUGCUGAAAAAUGGCAGAUCGUUACCACCCGAGGUGGCAAAUGCUACCAAUGAUUUUGUUUAGAUGACGAAAAUGUAUGAUUCCGGAUUCCACCAACAAAAAUUUCCCGAAUUUCGGGAUCCGGAUUGCCCCACAUGGGACGAAGUUUGCACUUCGUCGUGGUUCACGUUUAGCCGUGGCAUUGUUUACGUGGUAGAAAUCUUGUGUAUCCGAAGAAUUCGGAAGGUUAUAGUUCUCAGUUGAGAGGGAAGAAAGGUUGAUUCAAUAGUCUGUAAUAGUCAUCAGGGUGUAAAAAUCGAAGAUAAUCUGGGACGAUGUGUCCGUUUCCUCGUAGCGCCGUUUUCAAUGCCAUAUGUGUAGAAUAAUCGGUAAGAAGUAGUUAGAUUCUGUCAUGAAACACCAAAGAGGAGAACUUAACAUUUGGAGUAGUAAAGGCGCACAAAUAGGUCGAAUUAAUUGGUCUGUUUAGCGCGUUUCUUUUGGAAAUACAAGAGAAUUUACCAAGAAAUAAUGUAAAGGAGUUGCAAGGGAUUAAUAAGUCAAAUAAUUAAUAAAGGAAAGAGAACGGUCUUUAAUUUUUUUUCGCAAGGUGAAUCAACAGGGU